UAUGAUACAGAUCACCUCAGGAUAUCUUCAUUGUUCUUCUUAUUGUCUAAGCCCGCAAAUUACCAAUAUUCCCACCUUCCACAAUUAAGCUUCUAAAUCUCUCGCACUGCAAUAUUCAUGGCCACUCAAAGACCCUCUUCAUCCACAAAUUCCGAAGAUACUAGGAAAAGAAAAAGAGACAAUUCAUCUUGUUCGGAAGAAGAUGAAAAAAUCAUAUCCUCUUCCUCCCCUUCUUCCUCGACACCUCGAUCAAAAUAUGAUGUUUUCCUUAAUUUCUAUGGUGAAGACACUCGCAGGAGUUUCACGGAUCAUCUCUAUUUUGAUUUAAAACGGAAAGGUAUUCUCGUUUUUAGAGAUGACGAAUCACUGGAGCGAGGAAAAUCCAUUUCUCCCGAGCUUAUGCAAGCAAUUCAAGAAUCCCAAUAUGCCAUCGUCAUUUUUUCAGCAAAUUAUGCUUCUUCCAAAUGGUGCCUCCAGGAACUUGCCGAGAUCGUUGAAUGGGAGGAAAAGAAGAAUCUCAGAAUUAUUCCUAUUUUCUAUCGUGUGAAUCCUUCAGAUGUAAGAAAUCAAACAGGGAAUUUUGCAGAAGCUUUCGCUGCACAUGAAGAAGAUCUCAAGUUAGACAUCAAAGAGAUUGAUACGUGGAGAAAUGCCUGCAGAAAAGUCGGUAAUAUUUCCGGAGAGCACAUAAAUGGGGACAGGUACGAGUCAACAAUUAUACAACAAAUCAGUGGAAUUAUAUUCUACAAUUAUACAAUGCUAAAUAUUCUAAUUCAUGAUAACCAGAAAAUUGUUGGAAUAAACUCCCAUGUAGAGGAAAUGACGAACUUAUUGCAUAUGGAAUCGAAUGACGUUCGCUUCUUAGGAAUUCAUGGGAUGGGUGGCGUUGGUAAAACAACAUUGGCCGAAAUAAUUUAUUAUAGAUUUUCUUGUCGAUUCGAAGGAAGCAGCUUUAUUUCUUGUACUGGAGAAAAAUCUACUGCUGCUCCUAAUCUAGCUUCUUUACAAAAACAACUUCUUUCUAUGAUCAUGCAACAAGAAAUACAUAUAUGGGAUCAUCGCGACGGAAUCAUGUUGAUGAGAAACAGGUUGCGGAAUAAAAAGGUUCUUAUCAUCCUUGAUGAUGUGAAUUGUGAAAAGCUACUGCCGGCAUUAGCAGGGGAUCCGAAAUGGUUUGGUCUAGGGAGUAGGGUGAUUAUAACAUGCAGAGAUAGUCACCUGUUGAAAAGAAAUAAAGUGAAUGGUAUGUGUGAGGUUCAGCUGCUUCAAACCGCCGAUGCUUUGCAACUCUUUAGUUUGUCAGCCUUCGACAAAACCAAUCCUCCAGAGAAUUACAAGGAUCUAUCUAUGGAUUUUGUGAGUUAUGCUGGAGGCCUUCCUUUAGCUCUUAAAGUUUUGGGUCGCUUCUUAUUUGGGAGAACAAUAGAUUUAUGGAAAAGUGCUAGGGAUAACUUGGAAGCGAUUCCUAAAACUGAAAUUUUUGAUAUUCUUAAAUUAAGUUUUGAUGGGCUGGAGGAAUCGCAGAAAAAAUUGUUUUUGGAUCUGGCGUGUUUUUUUGACACAGUAAUGUCGCUGGCAGGCAUCCAUACUGCAGGUUAUUCCGUAUCGUCGCUGCUAAGCAUCAACUUUAAAUAUUUUAUGGAAAUAUAUCUAGCCAUCGACUUUGAGGUUCUCGUCGACAAGUCCCUCCUAAGCAAACAAGAAUAUUCUGGUGUUAGGUACUUCAUGCAUGAUUUGCUAGAAAAAAUGGGUCAGGAAAUAGUUAGCCUCGAAUGUCCUAAAGAAGCUGGUCGACGUAGUAGACUGUUUCGUGAAGAGGAUGUCUUGGACGUGCUGAAGAAUGAUACUGGAACUAAUGCAAUUGAAAGCAUAUUCCUCGAUUCUUGUUGGUCAACAAAAGAGAGACUCAAUGCCAAAGCAUUCUCAAAGAUGAGAAAUUUGAGAUUACUUCAUUUCGGGUGUUUUGAAUCUAUAACAUGGGAUGGAAAUCCUUUAAAAUACAUACCAAGCGAUAAGUUGCGAUUCCUAAGCUGGUUUCAAUGUCCUUCGAAAUCCUGGCCGAGCAGUUUCCAACCAAAAAAUCUUAAUGUACUAAGCAUGCGUGCCAGCGGGUUCAAACAACUUUGGAAGGGAUUGAUGGUUUUAGACAAUUUGAAGUACUUAAAUCUAAGUGGUUCUCAGGAAUUAAUUGAAACACCAGAUUUGAGUGGAGCUCUAAAUCUUGAGGAAAUAGAUUUUUCAGAUUGUGAAAGCUUGUGUAAGGUCCACCCAUCUAUCGGAUUUCUCAAACGACUAAAAGAUUUGAGUUUAAACGGAUGUUCAAGACUUGGGAAUUUCCCGAAUAUUCAGGGAGAUAUGAUAUCUCUAAAGAGCUUGAGAUUACCAUCAUCGGAAGUCUCAAUUUUUCCGAGUGUUAUUUGUAGUUUGUCAUCUCUUGAAUGUCUCUGCUUGGAUGAUCGGCCAAGCCUUGAGAAAUUUCCAGACCUGAGUAGGUUGAAAAGCUUGAAGGAAUUUCGGGCAUACGGAACUGCUAUAACACAAAUACCAUCUACCAAUCUACUCCCCAAGAGCAUCCGUUGCUUUGAACUCGUAGGAGAAAAGAGGAUGCCACGUGAAUCAAGAGAUUCGGAUAUGUUCAUUAAUGACUGCUCUUUGCCGAAACAAAGCUCAUAUCCCACCAAUCGUGAUAUCGGAUCACCUGUAGAAUAUGAGACGGAAUGGAUGCAUAUUCGAUGUGACGAUGAUGGCUUUGAGGUGUCGAUAAAACGGUGUUCAUUGGGAUCUAGAAUCCCGGAGUGGGUCCACAAUAAAAGUAAUGGCUCCUCUCUUUUUUUUGACGUGUGUAAUGGCUCCUCUCCAAAGAUAGAGUCGGAUGGUGAUACAGAGUCGGAUGGUGAUACAGAGUCAGAUGGUGGUACGCUGUCGGUGCGGGGGAUUGCUAUCUUUAUUGUUUGUCAAUUCCAUUCAAUUCGUCCGGUUAAUUUCUCCGGAUAUGAAAUGGUGACGUUUCCAAUUUCGUUGGAUGACGGUACUCCAGAAAAUCCUUUUCCCGAAUUUGAGUUUGGACUUUCCACGGACGUCAUUUUGGAUAAGCCAAUUGUAUUAUGUCAGUAUUUAUGGGAUCCGACAGAUUGGGAAAUCUGGAAAUUGAAGAGUCUGGAUAAACGAAAGAUUUCCAUUGUAGAAAAAUUUGAGCAGUUUGACGAUCAUACUUCAUUUAUGAAAGUAGAAGUGAAAGAAUGGGGAUUGCAUUUCGUAUGUCCGGAUGAUCAUGGUGCUCUUGGUUUGGGAUCAGAUUUAGAAUCCUUCUUCAGUUUUAUUUAUUCUACUCCUGAUGAACUUGAUGAAGAUUAGAUUCAUCAAGAGUACCUCUUUAAAGCUUAGUCCUUUGAGUAAUGGCUUGGCAUUGUUUAUUUUGGGAAUAAAAGAUGAUCACCAUUUUGUACCUGAAAUAUCUCAAUUCCAUUGACGAUGUCGAAGUGAGAUUUUAUGCAGACAAUCACCCAACCAGCUUUUCUUCUGUCAUGUUUCUGGUACGUUAUGCUACCUCUUUGCUUCAUCUCAAACUUGGAUCUCUAUAAAACAUGCAGUAUUUAGUCGUUUCUGCUUUUGUCUGUUUUUAAUAUGAAAAAUAUGGUUAAAUGUUAUGUGCAUGGAAGUGAUCAUCAGGGAAACUUCAACUGCCAAAACGUGGGACAAUACUUGACAUGGAAUUGCUGCAUGAUGCGAAAUGAAGAUUCGGUUCAACAGGAGUCCUUUAUAAAAGUUACCUUUUUGAGUUUUGAGUAUUGGCUUUGGUAUUGCUUCUUGGGAAUAGAAGAUGUUAACCAUUUUGUUUACAAGUUAGAGUCAAAUUUCCAAUUGGUUUGUUUUAACUUGCCUCAUUUAAGCACUAGGAGUAAUAAGUUAAUUAGGGGAGCCAAAAUAUAUUAUUAUAUAAGAGAUUGUUUUCUUUUGAGAGAUUCAGAAUUUCUCAUGUAUAUGAAUUGUUUAAUUUUCCUAUUAAUCAAUUCCAAUUCUGCA